AAAAAAAAAUCACAAAACGCAACAGGGAAUAAGCAGAGAAUAUUCGCCAUCAUCUUCCUCCGCGUAGAGACUCUCCGGCAUGCGAAUGAAGCUGGAGACCACCACCGAUCAAUCCCCAUUCCACGCAGAAUUUGAAUCCGAGGAGGAAGAAGAAGAAGAGGAGGAGGAGGAGGAGGAGGAGGAGGAGGACGACGACGACGACGACGAGGAAGCUUCGUCUCUGAUGUCGCAGUCGUUUUCUCCGUUCUCCGCCGCCAAUGGCGAUGCAGCGGCGGCGGCGGCGGCGGAGGAGGAGGUGUCGGUGGUGGCGCCGCCGCUCAACUUCGCGAUGGUCGACCACGGCGUCUUCCGCUCCGGCUUCCCCGACGCCGCCAAUUUCGGAUUCCUGCGCACCCUCAACCUCCGCUCCGUCUUGUGUCUUUGCCCAGAACCCUACCCAGAGGCCAACAUGGAGUUCCUUCACGCCAAUGGGAUCAGGCUCUUCCAAUUUGGCAUUGAUGGUUGCAAGGAACCUUUUGUCAACAUUCCAGAAGAUACAAUCCGCGAAGCUCUCAAAGUUGUUCUCGCAUCGAACCGGUUGUUUGGUCGGAUGCCUAAGAAAGCUACAAAGGUGGUGCCUCUCCUCAAUAUUCGACGAGUACCGGCGUUUCGCUGCAGCGAAGGCGCGGAUUUCCGAUCAAAGGUUCAUCGAGCUGUUCGACAUCUUCAGUUUCAAACAUUCAUCGGCCUCAUUUUCAUGUUAGAACAUCUUAUCAAUGGUUUAGGUAAGUUAGUUUCUUGUUUUCUUUUUACCUUCAUUGAAGACUUUUGAGUUCUCCUGCGACUUGUUAUACUGCAAUUAUUUUAGAGAGGAAAUUCUUCUCCUUGUGACAGAUAAUACGGUCCUUGAGUAUAUUGUAGCAGUUUUCUGAAUCCAAUUGGGUGAAAUCAAUGUCAUCCUUGUUGAAAUGAGCAAGUCUUAUUCUGAAUUA